UAUAUCGAGUAAACAACAACAUACUGAUAAUACUGAUAACACUGACACACUAACCUGCUCCUCUACAACCUCAAUGGAGACUCUGCUAGUGGAGUCUCUAAUGUUCUUCCGGACUACAAAUUCAACCGUGAGCCUACUCGAAAGGGACUCGUGUUGGAGGUCGCGGUGCUGUGUUGUCUCUGCCGUAGUCUGUCGCGUCUCUUCAGUCCUUAAACACAUGAGCGCUUCAGAGGUUUGUGAAAGUCGUCCUUCCCUGACCGGAUGUAACGUUUCGCUCUUAUAAACAUUAUGAUCAGGAAGUGUGACACACAUCUGGACCGACCAUGCGCAACCGGGCUCGCUAUCUCAUCUUUUUUCAGUACAUUGGGACAAAAUACAGCGGUGUAGUGAAGGUGCCUCCACAUCAGCUGCCUAGUAAAGGGGUUCAGGACCACCUGGAGGAUGCAAUAAGGAAACUCAUGCCGCUCAACCCGGUCUCUCUGUCAGUCUCAAGCAGGACAGACAGAGGUGUCCACGCCCUCUCUAACUCUGCCCACUUCGACCUCCAACGCAAGAACAAUUUGCCGCCGUUUACUGAGGGCAUUCUUAUUGAGGCCCUUAAUUUCUACUUAAAGACAGAGCAGAUCAGGUGAGCCAGGACUCAGGUUAAACUUAACAAACUUGUUCAGUUGUGAAGUCAAUUUUUUUCAGAUUGAUCCCAAGGACCCUUUCUCAUAAUUUAAUUGAAUGCAUGAAAGUUUGUUUAUGGCUCCAUUAGUCUUGUUCUGUUACUGAGCUGUGUGUCUCAGUGUUACAGCACUCUGAAGGACUCUCUGAACAUUUCAUUCAAACAAUGAGACAUCAAAAGCGUAGACAAGUAGACAAGUACGUACUAUUCCUGCCUUAAAAUUCCAGUGUCUUACAUUAUCUGUGAUGCCCCUCAUAUCUAUGUUACUCAUGAUCCGUGAAACUAACCAGCAGGUGGCUGUUUUAAGUGGGUUGAACUGCGAUACCAGAAGUGAAUAAAUAAAAAACUUUAAAAAGUGAUCAGAAUUAACAAUGAUCUGUACCAAUAACUGGUCUGUAGACUUGGACACAGAUUGGACAUUUAGUAACAUAGAAAGCUGUUCAGUUUGUUCCCGUCUCACAUAGGACCUGGGACACUGUUGUGGGUAAAAUAUCAACAUCAUAAAUAUACAGUCGAUAGAUUUAUGAAGCUCAACACCUGGAAAAUAACUUUACACUAAACAAAGGCUUUUCUGGAUUAAUUUGUGUGUACCAUUUCAAUGUUUUCAAUUAUUUUUGAAUGUGUGAAUGUAAAUACAUCAUGUCAGAUGCUGAAUAUUACGUGUUUUCCACUCAAGAGGGGAAUGACCUCUACAUCUGUCAUCCCCUCAAAUAUCGAUAUGGAGGAAUUCUGUCAAAUAUAUUUGAAUUGGUCAAGUUUACCCUCUUUAUGCAUGAAAAACACAUUACUCUGUUCACAAAAUAAACAUAAACUGGCAAAUAGA